AUGGCGACGCUGGCAGCCAACAUCCCUCCCGAAAAGCGAAACUGCCGAUUUCGUGGCACGAAAUGGUCCCGCGUUCGAGCACAAGAUCCUGUCGAACGAGAAACAGAGCGCGACGUUCAGCUUCCUUCUUCCACAGAUCCCUUCCAUGCCUACUACAAGCGUCGCAUUCAAGAACUGAAAGGCCUUCUUCCCGGCCAAGACGGCGCAGAGGCUGCCUCCAUAUCGGCCUUGCCGACCAAGAAGACCGUGGCGGAGAAGGAGGCGAAGCCGGCAAAACCGCUCAAGGCGCCCGAGCCCGAGGAGUGGAUCAUCGACAUACCCGAGCUGCUCACCGCACUCGACCUGGAGGUGAUCAAGCUCGCGGCGCAGUUCGUGGCCCGUAACGGCAAGCACUUCUACCUGGGCCUGCUCAACAGGGAGCAGCGCAAUCCGCAGUUCGACUUCCUCAAGCCACAGCACUACCUCCACAGGUUCUUCAACACGCUGGUCGACGCCUACACCAAGGUGCUCAUGCCGCCGCACGACCUCAACACCAAGCUCGAUGCGCUCCUCGACAAGCACAAGAUCUACGAGGGCCUGCUCGACCGAGUCGACUGGGAGAAGCACCAGCAGCGACUCAAGGACGAAGAGAACGAAGAAGAGAAGGAGAGGAUGGAGCGGGCGCUCAUCGACUGGCACGACUUUGUGGUGGUGGAGACCAUCGUGUUCGACGAUGAUGAAAUGAAGCCGCCGGCCGCUCGCGCAGGCGCGGCGCAGGCCGGUGGUGCCGAGCGAGCGGCCGUCAAGCACGAGAAGCAGGACGCGGGCGAUGACAUGGACAUGGACGUGGAGAUGGAGAUGGACCUCGAUGACCAGGAGAUCCGAAUCGUGAAGGGCGAAGCGCCGAGGCCGACGCCCAGCGUGGGCACCUCCGAGGCGCUCAAGUACUCGAUCUGUCCGAAGUGCGGCGAGAAGAUCCCGCUCGAGGACAUGGAGGAGCACAUGCGGAUCGAGCUGCUCGACCCCAUCGCGCGUCAGAAGAAGCUCGAGCAGAUGAAGCGCCGCCGCGAGAGCUCGCUGGCCGAGGGCGACGAGAUCAGCAAGAACCUGCGCAACCUGAGCGCGCUCCGUCCGGACAUCUUUGACGAAGAGGAGGAGGCGCGCAAGGCCGAAGAGAACCGCCGGCAACAGCCCAAGAUCAUCUGGGACGGUCACACGGGCUCGAUCGCCGCCACGGCUUCGGCGGUGAUGGCCGGCAUGACGCCCGAGGAGAAGGCCAAGGCCAUUGCCAAGGCCGAAGCCGACCGCGGCCCCAAGAUCGGCCCGGCCAUUUCGACCACCCAGCCGGCUGCCCCUGGCCCCGCCCCCGGCCAGCAGCCGCCCGGGCCUCCCGGCCAGCCGCUCCUGCCCAGCCCCGGCCAGCUCCCGCCCGGCGCGGGCGCACCCGGCCAACCGCCACGCCCCCUCGGAAUGCCCGGCAUGCCUCCUGGGAUGCCGCCCAUGGGAAUGCCGCCGGGUAUGCCGCCUGGCAUGAUGCCCUACGGGAUGCCCGGAAUGCCUCCCAUGCCCGGUAUGGCCCCGCCCGGCAUGCCGCCCCACAUGCAGGGAAUGCCGCCGUUUGGCAUGCCGCCUCCGGGCUACGGCGUUCCCGCGCCCGGACAGGAGGAAGAGGAGCCGUCGCUCAAGAAGCAGAAGACCGGACCCAGCCUCGUGCCCGAGGAGGAGUUCAUCGCGAGCCACCCUGGCCCGGUGACGAUCAAGGUGACGGUGCCUCCGGCCUCCGAAAAGGGCGCGCAGCCAGAGUGGAACUUCGACGGCCAGACGCUCGAGUUCAGCAUGGACCCCAAGCAAACGAUUACGGACCUCAAGAACUUGGUGCGGGACCAGCUCGGCGGGAUGCCCCCGGCCAAACAGAAGUUGGAGUCGGUCGGUCUGGGCUUCUUGAAGGACAACCUCUCGCUCGCGGCGUACAACAUGGACAGCAACACCGUGAUCGCGCUGGGCGUGAAGACGAGAGGAAGGGGAGGCAAGAAGUAG